AUGUGGGCAUUGUGCAUGGCAGCCUUAGUUCUUAUAAGCAUAACACAUUGGGUUUACAGGUGGAGGAAUCCCAAAUGCAAUGGAGAACUUCCACCAGGUUCAAUGGGAUUGCCAUUACUUGGGGAGAGCUUGCAGUUUUUCACUCCCACAACCUCAUCUGAUAUUCCUCCCUUCAUCAAGAAAAGGAUGCAAAGAUAUGGGCCAAUAUUCAAAACUAGUUUGGUGGGAAGACAACUCAUAGUAUCAACAGACCCAGAUUUCAAUCACUAUAUCUUCCAACAAGAUGAUAAGUUGUUUCUAAGCUGGUAUCCAGACACCUUCAAAGAAGUUAUGGGCAAGGAAAACAUGGGUACCCUGUACGGUUACAUUCACAAAUAUGUCAAGAACAUGGUGUUUGAUCUUGUUGGCCCUGAAAGCCUAAAAAGGAUGCUCCCUGAAAUCGAACAGGAAAUGGAGAAAAAAUUGCAGCAAUGGUCGUGUCAGGACAUUACAGAAUUGAAAGACGAAUGUGCUAAUUUGAUAUUUGAUCUGAAUGCAAAGAAACUCAUUAGUUAUGAUUCAAAAACAUCUUCGGAUAAUCUCAGGGAAAACUUCGAUGAGUUCAUUCGGGGAUUGAUUUCCUUUCCUUUAGGCAUCCCCGGAACAGCUUAUCACAAAUGUUUACAGGGAAGAAAACGGGCAAUGAGGGUGCUGCAAAACUUGCUGCAGGAAAGACGAGGAAAGUCCCGACAGCAGCCCAUCGACUUUUUCGAUUACUUGAUCGAAGAGUCUGACAAAGAGGGGACGCUCAUGACAGACGAAAUUUCUCUAGAUUUGAUUUUUUUGCUGCUUUUUGCAAGCUUUGAAACAACCUCAACUGCUAUAACUCUUGCCGUCAAGCUUCUUUCAGACCAUCCUCGGGCGCUUGAGCAAUUGACGGAAGAACAUGAAAUGAUUUUAAAACAAAGGGAAAAUUCAGAUUCAGGACUUACAUGGAAAGAAUAUAAAUCAAUGACAUUUACAUUACAGUCCAUUAACGAAACGAUUAGGCUGGCAAAUAUAGUUCCAGGCAUCUUUCGAAAAGCAGCAACAGAUAUAAAUUACAAGGGGUAUACUAUUCCAGCUGGUUGGGGAGUUAUGGUUUGUCCCCCAGCGGUUCACAUGAACCCAGAAACAUAUGAUGAUCCUUUGGCAUUCAAUCCAUGGAGAUGGGAGGGAAUGCAAAUACACACCGCAUCCAGAAAUUUCAUGGCCUUUGGUGGGGGCAUGAGAUUCUGCGCAGGAGCGGACUCUGCUAAGGUGCAUAUGGCUGUGUUUCUCCAUUGCUUAGUUACAAAGUACAGGUGGGAAGCAAUUAGAGGAGGAAAUAUAGUCCGAACUCCCGGUCUACAAUUUCCGGAAGGUUUUCACAUUCGAAUGAAAGAGAAAGAAUCAAGCAACAGGAAACAACCUAUAAGUCUUGAGACUUGAACCAGAUAUAUAUUGUCAAUAUGGGUGAUGUAGCCAGCGACAAUCUGCUUUUCAUAUUGUCAAGAUUUGAACUAAAUAAAACCUCUCAUUGACAAGCGAAGAUGAAUCACUUGAUCACAUAUUAAGAGGCUCAUAUUGUCAAGUAUUAAAUAUUCGUAAGUUGUACCUUCCCUGUCAUUUUGAAUGUUUUCUAUCUUGCUUAGGAUGCAUGCGAAAGUUCCGUGUUUCUACGUAGAUCUUUCUCAAUAUUUAGUUGAGUAAAGGUGGGAAGUAGAAAAAGGAACAGGCAUAAAAUGUAUCGAUCCGAUAUGUAAGAGAAAUUUGCCAAUAAAAACGUCCUUGUAACAUUCUGUGGGAAAAUGUUUCA